AAGAUCAAAAUUUUAAAACAAAGAAAACAUAAACUUUGAUGCUUAAACCUCAAUUCUUACCAUCUGUGAUGAAAUGGAAGAAGUGAAAGCAAACGUUUUUUUUGACUCCCAAAAACAGUAACCCGGAAUAGCAAGUAAUAAACAGUUUCUCGGGAAAAGAAAGGAGGAAGAAAAAUAUGGACUUGUUGCCAGCAAGUGUGUCAGCUAGUGACUGAACAAAAAUACUACAAAACCCCUUUUUUUUCCUUUAAGGGUUCCCAAGCUGGUUUUUUGGAAGACUUUGAGAGUGAAGGAAAUGUGGGUUUUGUGUGGUAAUGUGGGAUUUUUUUAGGGUUUGAAUGUAGCUUAGAAUGGUAGAAUUGUAAAUUUGAUUAUGUUUUCUGGGGUGAAAAGGGUCAAAAGCUGAGAUCUUGUGUACUGUAAGUUCAAGCUUUGUUUGUUUUGAGUAAUAUGAUGAUUUUACUGGUUUUCAUAGUUUGAGGGUUGGAUAGGCAAUGUUUGAUAACUUAGGAUUGCUUUGAGAUUCCGGGAACACCGAUAUCCUGAUAAUUAGUGUUGGUUUAAUCGGUUUCUUGAUAUAUGUUCGGUCCUCCGAGACUGAGGUCCAUGAAUACGGCCGAUUCCGAGGCAAGGCCUGUAUUGGGACCAGCGGGGAAUAAGACAGGUUCUUUGAGUGCAAGAAAACCAGGUUCAAAGCCUUUGAGGAAGAUUGAAAAGUGUUCAGCUGAGGCCACUUUAGCAGAGGAGAAAAAUGGCCUUCCAUCAUCCAAAGUUAAUUCCCAUUCUGUUAGCGUUGUUCCUUCGGUGCUACGCCGCCAUGAACAGUUACUACAUUCUAACUUAUCAUUAAACGCUUCAUGUUCGUCUGAUGCUUCCACGGAUUCAUUCCACAGUCGAGCAUCUACUGGUAGGUUAAUUUGGUCUAAUAGUGUAGGAACUAGGAGGAAGCCAUUCCCAUCAACUCCGAGAAGUGUUGUUUCGGAUGGCGGUUUGGAUUCACCGCCUGGUGAUUCACAUAGGAGGAAGAGAUGCGCGUGGGUGACCCUAAAUACAGAUCCGAGUUAUGUUGCUUUCCAUGAUGAGGAGUGGGGAGUUCCCGUACAUGAUGAUAAGAAACUGUUCGAGCUACUCGUACUUGCGGGUGCAUUGUCUGAACUUACAUGGCCUGCUAUCCUAAGCAAAAGACACAUAUUUAGGGAAGUUUUUGCCGAUUUCGAUCCUCUUGCUGUAUCAAAAUUGAAUGAGAAGAAGUUAAUAGCUCCUGGAAGUACAGCAAGUUCCUUGUUAUCGGAACUAAAGCUGCGUGCUAUUGUUGAGAAUGCACACCAAAUAUCUAAGGUUAUAAACGAGUUCGGGUCAUUUGACAAGUAUAUUUGGGGUUUCGUGAACCACAAACCUAUAGUUAGCAGAUUCAGAUAUCCUCGACAGGUUCCGGUUAAAACUCCAAAAGCAGAUGUCAUAAGCAAAGAUUUGGUAAGAAGGGGCUUUCGCAGUGUGGGGCCUACUGUCAUCUACUCUUUCAUGCAAGUGGCAGGAAUAACAAACGACCAUCUCACAAGUUGUUUCAGAUUCCAGGACUGUAUAACAGCAGCAGAAGGAAAAGAAGAAAAUGGGAUCAAAGAUAUGCCCGAAGAGAAAAAAAACAAUGAUAACAUGAUCGAAUCAGAACUAUCCAUAUCCAUCGAUGAAUUGAGUUUCUCCUGAGAACGAGGUUGGAUGCCUGUAGAUGGUGCUCCAGGUUCGAUCAUUGGUUUGAUCACAUUGACUGAUUCACUAAGCUGGUUGUGUAUAAAAUUUCAUGAACACUCAUGCAUCAUGAAUUUGCUACAUUGUAGAUCUUAAGUAAAUUAAAAUUACCUGAUGAAGUUGCUAAUA